GGUAACCAAUUGAUUAAGACUACAACGCUCCCAUACUGAUAAGAUCUUUAUCCGAUUACUAGUAUAUGCGUCCAGUUGCUUCAGUCUCAUAGAGGGAUCACCCAGUCAACUCUGAUUUCUUGCAUUACAUGCCCUCAGAACCCCAUCGUACCAUUUUCAUUCCCGCUGACCUUGGUACCGCGGCUGAUUUUAAUUCUACGGCUGAAUUUUUGCGCUACGAAGUAGAGGGCUCGCACACUUUACUUGAAAAGGGAGAAUACUGGUUAUCUCUCUCUCUUUCAAGUCUUCGGUCUAUUCAGGAACAGUCUAGAAACAGUGGGCUGAACUUUGAUGACUAUGUAAAUAGAGCAAAAUCUCAUUACGAUAACUUAGAUAAAUUGAGGCAAGACUUAGAAGAACGACGCCAAUCCUCAAAUUUAUUCAAAUGGUUCUUCAUCCAUUACGAUACUCGAAAAUUUGUGAAGGCUGGUCGACGUUUUUACAAGCAAAAUAGGAGAACAUCCGAAGAGUUAAAGAGGAGACUCUUAUCUAGUGAGAAUUUAAAUACGAAGUUGAAAGACAAACAAUUGUCUUGCACCUUACCUCCGAGGCAAGGUAUUUCAGGAAUUGCGGUGGAGGUACCACCCACACCAGAUCCCCAAACGAUUGCCCUGAUUGACGACACAGCCAACUGCCUAGGAUGUUUCUCCCCCAGCAGUCCGGAUCACCUAGGUGCACUACCAGAGGAGCCAGGACUCGAUUCUCAGGCUGAUAGUAGGAUGAAUGAGAACCCAGAAGUUUCCUGUUGUCAUGAGUCCUCCGGAGUACCGCGAUCCCUCUCUGAGCGCCAGAAAAUACUAAGCAUAGUACAUGGGCUUGGGGCUGAAAAUGCUCAAGCUGACGACAAAUCCCGAGGAGAUGUUCAUAUCCACGUUCAUGCUGCUCUUCAUAACCCAACAUUCAACGUAGGUGGGAGUUCCAAUAGUGGAUCAGUUACGCAGAGCGUUACUCAAUCACCAAACAGUAUCCAAGAGUCUUGCCGUAUUUCCCCCUAGCCAAUACGAUAUUAUCAAACCGCCCAAUUUUUGCGACACGUCGAUCGCUUUUCUUGCUCACUUCCUCACAUUCGGUUCCGGAAGAUUGUCUGUAAUUGUACACAAAUCAACUC